UCGUCGUUCCGCGCAAAAGUAGUGAACGACACAUAGCCAGAACGACGAAGUGUCGUUUGGCAACUAAACCCAGAGCCCUAUUGUUGAGCGUGAUUCUCUCUUCUCUCCACGAUCGAACAGGUUUGGAAGAACACAAGAGGGGUUGGAAAAUGGUGGUGAGGAUUAGGCUAUCCCGGUUGGGGUGUAAGAACAAACCCUUCUAUCGAGUUAUGGCCGCUGAUAGCAGAUCACCAAGAGAUGGCAAACACCUCGAAGUUCUCGGUUACUACAAUCCCUUACCAGGUCAAGAUGGUGGCAAGAGAAUGGGUCUCAACUUCGACAGAGUGAAGUAUUGGCUUUCUGUUGGAGCUCAGCCUUCAGAGCCCGUGGAGCGGCUUCUAUUUCGAGCUGGAAUGCUACCCCCACCGCCCAUGGUGGCAAUGGGGCGUAAAGGUGGACCACGUGAUACUCGCCCUGUCGAUGCUCUUACAGGACGUGUCCUGCAUCAAGAGAAGCCAGCUGAUGCCAAUAACACUGAGCAGCAGCAUGACACUCCUGAAAACCCUUAAAGUGAUGUAUUUUAGGAUGUUUUUCCCCCUUUUUCAUCGACCAUUUUUUUCUAGAUAUAUCUUUAAUAUCUAUGUUCUCAAUUGAUUUUACAGAACUCAAUAGAAUAACUACUGUUUGUGUGGAGAAGUUGGGUUCUUUUGCUACUUUGUGGGUGUAUUUUCCAAAGCGAGGGCUAGACUCUGAUCAAAUUUAGGUUGUUCGAUAUUAUGUUAAGUGAACUGAUAGGUUAUCAUUCUCUUGAAUUGCCUGUUACUUUUGUUCUGUGGAACUUUUGAAAGUUGUCAGGGUGAUAGGGAAAGUAGGUCAUUUGAUUUUGGAUUUAUUCCUCUAUUGCACUCUGAUUGCAUUUGCGGUA